UUUAUAUUUUUGUUGAGCAACAUUACCGAUAGAGAAGUAUGCGUACACACAUGGCCGCGUCGUCUACAAUGAAUACAGUACCCCUACGAUACUGAUGGAGUGAUGGUGAUUUAAUGGCGCAGCAUCUGCUUUGUAAUACUGUGCGAAUACCUCACAAUCAGAACAGAAUAAAACAAUCCAGCUGUCGAAAGUAAGUUAGUAAGUACUUCCAGUAUCAUCCGAUACAUCAUGCGUUCCGUCACGUAGUAACAAAGUGGGUAGACUGGACAAUUACCGUUAAUUUUUCUUCUUUGUUACCUUUACCUUGAAACCUUUUUGUUCAUGUAUGGGCUGAAAUAAGUCAUAGACUUUUGAGAUUUUCGUUUGGUAUGUUAGCAUUUCCUUGAGAGUUCGAUUUACUGUUUUCUGUGUACCAUAAAUUUUUGAACUUACACUUUAUGGUUGCGUUUGUUCGCAGGGAAGGAAUCUGAUUGUUUUAUCCGUUCCGUGUAUUAAAGAAUCGCUAUGGACGAGCGCAUACCAGAUACAACUAAGACUGGAAAAUCGGAAAGCUCUGCUAACAAGAACCCCACGAACCCCACAGCCUAUAACCCCAUUCUGGAAGCCGAGAUAGACUACUUUUAUAAAACGAUGUUUCCUGAAGAGGAGAACCGUGAAGAUAUUCUGGACCUAAACGAGAUUUUCCACGAUCUACAUGAGAUGCAUGGUGAGACGAAUUUGCCUAACGAAUCCAGUGCUGCAUCACGGUCGGCGCAGAUGGAAAAGCUGUCGGAAAGUAGUUUGUCGUGUGUGUUUUUGACCGUUCACCGAAUGUUCGAGUCGUACGAAAUGCAGCUAUGGGACAUUGUUCCCGUAAUUACUGUGAAAGAAUCUAUCGAAGAUGUAGUUGGGGUAUCUCCCGAUGACAUGCGAAUCUAUAUGAAGCCGGAUAUUGUUCUCGAGAAUCAGAAAUCGCUCAGAGAUUAUGGGAUUACUCCGGACACAGCAACUGCAUCAGAACCCGCAAAAUUGUUCGUGGGUUUCCGGGUUGAUUUGGAAGAGCUUUCAGAAGAUGAAGGCCCAGAGGACGAAGAAGAGGAAGACGACGAACUGGAGUUGUCCCCUGGGUUGGAAUAUUUCGAGACGCUGUCUGAUAUUGAUUUCACAGAAGAUAUUGAAAGACAACGCGAUUUUGAUGAUCGAAUUGUAGAAGUGGAGUAUGGGCCUGAAUAUAAAUUAACCAAACCAGUGAACAUGUGUCAAGAGGGACAGUUAACCAUUCCCAGAGCCCCGGGAGAGAAACCAGCGGCUUCAUUAACCGAAAACCACCAGGAUAGUGACGAUAGCGAAGAGGAUAGCUUUGUGCCAUUUACUCUGAAGAAGCCCAGUUAAAAACGGUGGAUAAUAUUUAUUUAUUGCGGCUGACGGAAAUGUUCCGUAUAUUGCUGACGUUGUAUUUCAUUCGGAAGUCCGGAGCGACAGUGUGAUAGAACGUGUUACCGAAUGUCAAGUACUCAAUGUUAGGAGUCGUGAUAUUCGUGGCAGUGGCCGGCUGGCAGUAUUGCACUGUGGAUUAGCAAUUUUGUAAUGUUUGGUACAGUAACUCGUAAAUUUGGAGUUGCAGUUAGAAUGUUUAACUUACUCGAUUUGAGCGAAAGCGGACCAAUAGUGAAAACCAA